AUGGCGACAUCUAAUGGUUCACUGUGCAACAUCUCCGGGUCCGUGUCCGAGAAUGGGAGCUGGAUCGGCUGCAUGGAGUCGGAUAUUGAACAGGGCGCAGUCCCAGCAGUUCAAGCGUGGAUCGCUAACCUGCUGAUUCCUGUCAACAUUCUCAACAUAUUUGCUAAUUUUCUCGUCAUCUUGGCUGUGACACGGACAUCACACCUGCAGGAGCCGGCACACAAGCUGAUCGCAAACUUGGCUGUCGCCGAUUUUCUCAUGGGCGUGCAAGGAACCUUCGUAUCACCAACGACCUUUCUAAUCGAAUUCCCGCCAAAGAUCAUAUGCCUUGGACACUUCAGUUUGGGUACGCUCUCGGGACUUGCAUCAACAAACUCGCUCAUUGCCAUCAACGUAGACAGGUACAUUGCAAUAUCCCGACCGCUACUCUACUACCAGAUCGUCACACCGCGCGUUAUCUUAGUAAUGGUAGUCCUCGCUUGGAGCUUUGCCUUCUUCGCAAGCGUGAUGACUCUCAUUGGCAACCGCUGGCAGCCGGAUCAACCGUGCAUGUAUGACACCGUCACGAGUAGAGCAUCUAUCAUCUGUACCUCGCUAGUCAUUGGUACGUGUGGCGUCGCCAUCAUCUCCAUCUACGCUUACAUAAUGAUGAUUGCCAAGCACCACCAGCAGCAGAUCCACCCGAACCCAAGCAACAGCGGUUCGCAGGAGCUUGCCAAGACGUUUGGCAUUGUCGUCGGCGCGUUCUUCGUUUGCUGGGAUCCGUAUUUCAUCAUGAUGCUGCUGAGCGUUGCCGACGUCUACCACGACACGGUCGGCGUAGCGCGAGGCCUCGGCUACCUACUGGUGUACUCAAACUCUUGCAUGAACUUCUUCAUAUAUGCUGCGAAGAGCAGUCAGUUCCGCGCCGCCUUCCGGGCGGUGUUGCCUUCGCGUGGACGCUAG